AUGACGGGCAUCAAGGCUUCACCUGGUGCAAAGCUCUGGCUCGGGAAUCAGUCUGGUGGCCGGCCAUCAACAACCAGAUACACACUGCUGUCUAAUUGCCCCACGUGCGCCGAAACCAGGGUGCAGUGCUCGGAACCCAUGAUGCCGUCAACCACUCCAACUCGACCCUGGCAAGAGGUGGGCGUCGAUCUUUUUCAUUUGAACGACCAGGACUACGUCCUUCUGGUGGAUUAUGGGUCACGCUUCCCGGAAGUCAUCAGCCUGCGCUCGACGACAGCACCUGCUGUCAUCAACGUCAUCAAGAGCGUCUUCGCGUGCCACGGAAUCCCGAGACUGGUGCGCAGCGAUAACGGUCCUCAAUUUGCAAGAGAGUUCUCCGCCUUCGCGGAGUCCUACGGUUUCCGCCACGUCACUAGCAGCCCCCAUUUUCCACAGUCGAACGGGGAGGUGGAACGGAUGGUGAGGACGGUCAAGGACCUACUGCGGAAGGCGGAUGAUCCCUACCUUGCGCUUCUGGCAUACCGGGACAGCCCUGGGGUAAACAGAGUGAGCCCUGCUCAGCUGCUCAUGGGCUGGCGCCUAGAGACCCGGGUACCGAAGACGUCGCACCAACUGGAGCCAGCCUGGCCCCCGUCGGUCCCAUUCACUCGGCGUGACCAAGACAACCGGAGGCGCCAAGCAUCCACCUUCAACAGAAGACACGCAGCACGUUCAUCGCGGCCUCUUCAGGUCGGCGAGCAGGUCUGGGUACGGGACGUCAACCGCCCCGCGAUCAUCAGCUCAACGGCCCCGCUCCUACGUGGUGGAGACUCCGACGGGUGUACUCCAGCGCAACCAAAUGCGCCUGGUACCAACGACGGGAUGUCCUGCGGAAUGCACUACCAGCGCACCUGGAACUCCCGCGGGCGGCGCAGACCACCAUGUCCACAACAACGCCUGGAGCUGAUCGAGCAGCCCAAGACCAGAGAACCGCAUUGCCUCGGGAAAGCACCUCCACUGUAG